CAACUUUGUUCUUCCGGUUAACAUUGGAAGUUGUUCAGGUCAUUUCCGAGAUCACCCGUGUGGGUUAACCAGGCAGAUCCACCGACGUAAACCGCCAACUACCCCCAAGGUUGUACCUAAUUUAAACACCGUUAUAUGUUCAGUGGUCAUAGUUAAGAAAAUAAGUCUUGGUCUUUGAGGUCGCUGAAAUGAAUACAUAUGUUCAAGCAAACUCGAUUUCUUCUGAGACCUUUAUUGCCAUCUCAUGCGCAAGUGGGUGAUGUUUAGAAUUGUUUGACGGCUAUAAUGCUGUUAACAGGCGACCUGCUGUAGCUGAAUCGCGUAGCGAAAGGAUGGCUUCUAAGUCCGAUAUCAUUACGACAGCCGAUGGAAAUUUGUCUAGACCAAAAGAGGAUAGCGGAGCCCUCGUGAAAGAGUUGGGCUCCCCUGAAAGCCUCAAAAUAUCCACCUGUGAUUCAUCUUUCAAAAAUGAGCAGGAGGAACGGCCUCUCCAGGGCUUGAAAUUGGCGUCCCACGAAGUUCUGGAAAAAGCACAGUUGACGGGAAGAUUGAAAUGUUCCAAAUGUAGCGGUUCAAGGAUGUUUUAUUGUUACACAUGUUUCUCCUUAGUAGGUGUGACCCCACAGGAAAUCCCCACAAUCAAGCUUCCUGUUAAGAUAGACAUCAUCAAGCAUCCCAAUGAAACGGAUGGAAAAAGCACUGCAGUGCAUGCGAAACUUAUAGCACCCGAUGACGUCACCAUAUACACCUACCCUUGUAUCCCUGAGUACGAAGGUGAAAAACACAAUGUUGUUUUAGUGUUUCCAGGUCCAGGAUCAGUAACCAUGGAAGAAAUGUCAAAGCAGCUACUGGAGACUUCCCAAAAGAGGACUGUUUGUUCACUAAAGGAGCCCUGCCCAAAGAGAGUAAAAGUAGAUGAGUCAACGGACUCACAGAGUGCAGAGGAUCAACAGAGUACCUGCCCAUUGCAGAGAGUUGUCUUUAUCGACAGCACCUGGAAUCAGACUAAUAAAAUAAUCACAGAUGAAAGGCUACAAGCCUUGCUUCAGGUUGAACUGAAGACACGGAAGACUUGUUUCUGGCGUCAUCAGAAGGGAUCCCCCGACACCUACCUGGCGACCAUAGAGGCGAUUUAUUACUUCCUGAAAGACUAUCAUGUGCAGUGUCUGUCUCAGCAGUAUCAGGGAGAGUAUGAUAACCUGCUUUUCUUUUACUCAUAUCUCCAUCAGCUGAUUAACAAAGCCAAGCACAGUGCUGGUAAAUUGUAAAUGAGGCAUGUGAAGACAUGAACUCUUCAUGGAUUUCCAACAGUACCACACAGAGUGCCAUCUUCAUCAAUCAACCAACAGAAAUACUUAUGGCUUCUGGACACCGGGAAAUGAUUCACAGAAAGACUCAAUAGAGCCAUAGGGACAGAUUAGUACUGUAAAAUGUUUGUUCUCUGUUGUAAUCUUUUCAGAUGGACUAUGAAGACCGAUGGUUCCCCCUCCAUCUUGAGAAUUGAUUUGGAUGAAAUGUUAUAGGUACAGCAUGUAACCUUUGUAUUGGAGGAUAACAUGGACUUGUUUACUAAGCUCCUAUGUUGGGGGUCAUGUUCAGUUGAUUUAAGGGGCCAUCUCUUAAAGUUGUUGAUCAGGGGUGGCCAACCCAGGCCUUGGGAGAGCCACAGUGUCUGCUUUUUUUUUGUUUUUAUUCUGCACUUAACUGAUCGAUUAAAACAGUGGAUUACACAGUUAA